ACCAGCGUGGGUGCAGUGAGCGGGCAUGUGACAAACAUGACGGCCACGGAGAUGUACACUUGCCGGAUCUAGCGCUCCCAGGGUGUUUAUUCACCUCGCGACUCCUGCACAUUUGCCGGGAGAAAGAAGCUUCUGUGGGGGGAAUUCCGGUGCUGGUGCAGUCUUCUCACGUCUGCGUAUACAACCAGGAUACAUGCCGCGUACCAACUCUUGUAAGAGAUGCCAUGCGGGGUGACGCAUGUUAUAAAUCCACCCGCCACAAUAGACAUUAGUUUACCCGCUUGGAAACUCCUGGGAUGAAGCAGGCUGCUAAAUGGAACCUUUAUUCCCCUGGAGUUCACGAAUCUGUCAGUACCGGGGCAUGCUGAGAGUAGGAGGGCUUGUACAGAUCCAUCCUAUAGGUCAGCGUUCUACGGAGGAUAGGGGGCCGACCUUUUGACCCGAACCACUCGCAGAAAACGCCGGGCAAUCCGAGAGAGAACGGCUUCCGGAGGCGGUGGGCUGACGGGAACAGGCGGGGGAGGUCGGCUCUGGCACCGAGGACCUUGCCAGACUGGAGGCGAGGACUUAUCAUAGCAGCCAGGUGAGGUGGCCGGUGGGCCCGGAGAUGGAUCCUCGGCUCAACAUCACCACUGUCGGGCUGGCCUUAGUCCACAUCCUGUCGUACGUGAUGGGAAAUGGAGUAAACAUGCCCACCCCCACCAAGGUGGAAGGAAUAGACGGAGAGACAGUCAUCUUGCCUUCUCGCUUCAAGAGCAAUGUCACCAAGCUCAUCGCGCUGACGUGGACUAAAGCGGCGGGGCACCUCGGGCGCUCUCGCGAGCCGGUCUUCAUGUACGCCCCGCCGUCUGCCAAUCUCUCCCUGGGUCGGUUGAAGGGCCGAGCGCAGCUAACGGACAACGGGUCGCUUCAGAUCAACCCUGUCAGCCUGGAUGACGAAGGCAUCUACAUUCUGACCACACUGUUAGAUGGGGUGGGGCAAGAGGAAACGUACGUUGAGUUGGAGAUUCACGUCCCUCCGAAGGUGACCCUGAGUCAGCCGAGUCGCCUGAAACUCCUGUGGAAUUCCAACCUAACUCUGAACUGUUCCAUCGAGAAAGCCAAGCCGGAGGUAGCCGCCAUCCAAUGGGCGCACGACGGAGUGGAUAUCAACUCGUCGGCUACUUACACGCGGAAGGACUCCAUAACCGGAGCACUGCUGCUCUUUAACGGGCUGAAAAAGGAGGAUUCUGGGACGUACACUUGUCGGGCAGAUCACGUGGUGCAACAGGCCUCGGACAGUGUGGAGCUCGAAGUGCUAUAUCCUGCCACCAUUGUGAACAUCUCUGGAGAUCAGAUCGUCCACGUCAGUGAGACCGCCACUUUGUGGUGCAUGGCGGAAGGCAACCCCGACCCAAACAUCACGUGGUUCAGAAUGGGCGACGACCAAUCGUCGGCCAUGGCUCUGUCUGAGGCACGUGGCAACGGCGUGAAUCUUGUCCUGCGGAACCCCCAGCAGAACGACAGUGGAGAGUACGCCUGCAUGGCCGGCAAUGGCGUCGGGCCGGACGAUUCCAAGUUCGUCAAGUUUACAGUCAGGGAGCCGCAGAGGAUACAAGAUCCACCGUUUGAGAUCCCCCAACACUUCCUGAUGAUCGCGGCGGGGGCAGGGGGAGGGGUGCUGUUCGUGUUCCUGGUGUUCGUCGCCGCGCUAGCCUGCCGCGGGAGGAGCAAGAAGCGCGUCCCGAGCAACUGUCAACUGGUCACCAUCAACCCGCCGCUGCACUCGUCUAGAGGAAGUAAGGAUAUCAUGGCGCUUAAAGAGCUAGGUUCCUCCAUCACGUCCUGCAACCCCGCGGUCACUAGACCGGAGAGGAGAGAUCGAAUUUUCGCCCGUGCAAAGAGUGACUACACCCCUAAGGAAGAGAACGAGUUACAGUUGCACGUGGCCGACGUGGUCCAGAUCCUCAGCACAGAGAACAACGGCUGGUACUUCGGCUACCUGCACGGCAGGAUGGGCCUCUUCCCCGCCAACUGUGUGGAAAUUAUCAAGUUCGACAGCAGAAAACCCAACAAGCAACCCAUCCCUCAUGAUAGUCAUAUCCAGCGUCACCACAAUAACCGGAACCGGAACCAGCAAGACGACAACUUGAAGAGGUUCGCGCGUGCGCUCUACGACUACUACCCGCAGGAGGAAGGCGAGCUCCACCUGCAGGUUGAUGACGUCAUCGAGAUCGUGAACAGAGAUGACUCUGGUUGGUGGUACGGGCGGACCCGCGGCAAGGAGGGGCUUUUCCCGGCCAACUACGUGGAAGUCACGUCAUUGGGAGGUGAUCUCGAAGUGGAGCCCCCCGGGCAGGAGUGGAACCCCGUGUUCCCGUCGUGUGAGGAGGUGGACGCGACCACCCCGCUCAUGGACGGGCAUGCCCCCGCCAUGACUGACCCUGAUCAGGAAUACGGCCCGUCGGAGAGUGACGGUUCACAGACGUACCAGCACCACCAGCACGAAUGGCGCAUCCAUCCGGACCGGGAAACGUCGUAUUCCGGAGGCCACAGCAGAGAGAUGGUGGACUUGACGGAAUCCGGAAGCACCUCGGACUACGGUGGCAGUGCCCUGAACGGCACGGAUUCCGGAAAGGAAAGUGUCCAGAGCUGGGCCGAGACCAUCAAAGUGAGAUGACGGCCGUAUUCCAGUACUUGAUGCAGAUGACGUGGGACACAUGUCAAGUGAAGAGAGUGUACAUUUGACAACUGAUGCCAUAUUUCGUCCGCUCGAAUCGCCCUGAUCAGCAAGGUCGUAAAGACAAUGGGUCGCCCCUCUGGACAGCUUUAUGACGCAUCAGAUAACGGCACUUUCCAAGAUGCCUUUCGCCAGGAUUUUGAAAUGGCUUACGGUCACGCAUAUGCAAUGUUGCCGCAGCAGCACUGGUAAAGGAGAUGCCAACGGACACAACAAUUGCUCCUACCUGCCGAGAACUAUGCCUGGACCUUCAUGGCGUUCUCUUGCAGUGAUGCCCUCACUUCGAAGAUUCAAGAUGAGGACAAACAGGAUGUGAGAAACCAUUGAAAAAUAAAACAAUGUACAGGAUUGGCUGGCAGGAAAUGUUGAAAUCUUCAGCAAUAUCAUUGGCACACCAACUACAUUGUUAGCAAUAUUUGCUUUGGAAGCUGAAGUGUGCGUUUGACUGACAGAAGAUCUGAGUGAUUCACGUCUGCCAGAUUAAGAAGACGUCCUUGUGAAUAAAAGGACAAGGAAAAGCCAACACGCCAUCAAAAGUGGCCACUGGUAUGCUGUGAAUAACAACGUGACCGACCAGGGCUACCUGGUCAAUAGUAAAAGCCUGUCUUGAAAAACGUUUUGGCCGGAAGUUCAUCGCAACGAACGUGUGCUGGCGACAUGGUAUAUAUUCUUAUAAACCACCAUAGGAAGUUCUAGCGAUCUUGACUUUCGUACCCUUCUUGCUGAUGCAAUCAAUAAAUGAGAACAAUGUGAAUGACCUACAAGUCUAUGUCAAGGCUAAAUAGUUGGCCACUAUUUUCAUGUACACGGCGUUCUUGUACUAUAGGGGUGGACCGGUUUAUUUCCGUGGGAGUGGGGAUGUUCAAAGACAUUUUAGCCGUGCAAUCUAUUUCACUGUCACGACUUUUAUAAUUUUGUAGGCGUCAAACAUAACAAUACAAGUUCCUCCUUCAAUCCCUUGUUAGAAAUCGGCUGGUCUACCACUCACGUUCAUGGACCAGUAUUGCCAUGAUGGCUAUUUGGACGACAGAAGCCGAGGAUUUCAUCAUGUAAAACAGCCAUCAAAUCUGCCCCUGAAACGACAAUGCCCGCAUUUCAUCGCCUGCUGAAAGUGCUCUUUAGAUAGAUGUUAUGACGGACGAAUGCUUUUUCCUGCAGGUGUAGUUUACAGCCUGUGCAAAACGCCGUUCCGUAAUGGUCAUGGCUUAGCAUAUAUCACCGUUUGUUGGAAAAUAGAAAAAAAAGUUCAGAAAAGAUAUGGGAUGUUUGUAACAUUACAAAUAGUGUUGAUAUACCAAGAUGAGUCUACUUUAGCCAUAGUUUAGUUUCCGCCAGGAGCAUGGUUUCAGCAGAUCAAUGAUACACGCGCAAGACGGACGCGUCUGAGUACAAUAUUACAGCAUGGUUAUUGCAUGUAACGUUGAGAUGUUUCUUAUAAGCUGCUCUUUGUUAUCAAUUACAACAGCGAAUCGGCAACAUUCUCUAACAGUCGGAAAGGCAUAUUUACCCUUUAUACUCUAUAAUGAUUCCCUGACAAUGUAUUGUUUAGAGCUCAUAGAUCCUGUAGAAAUCUUUUACUUUCCCAAGGUACUGUGCCGUGACAGAUGCCGUUCUUCCAUGUACUACUGACCUAGAAUCAAUGUUUACUACUACUGGAUAUUAAAGAUAUUGCAAUAUUUUUGUGGGUUGCUCAGUUAUAUCUCUGUUCCAAUUCAUAGUACUGUAACAUUUUCUCUAUCGUUAAAAAAAUUAAACGGUUAGACUC